CAACCAUCAUUGACAAUCGUAUUAACAAUAGAUAAUGGUUAACAAGGUGGCUUUUCUGUGAGUAUUGGAAGGCCGAAAUUUAUUACAACUUUUUUUGCAUAAACCAAAAAGAAAACCUUGAUCGCGCAAUAAUGAAAAGAAAGGCAUCUGAACAAGACGACACUAACAAUACCUCUGAUAACGAAAGCAGUGGCGAUGAAGGCCCUCAGGACAUUGUCGACGUCGAUUUUGACUUUUACAAUCCAGAACAAGUUGACUACCAAGCAUUGAAGCGGUUACUAGGUCAACUAUUCUCGUCCGAUGCAGAGCUUAUUCAACUGGGCGAUAUCGUGGAUAUCCUUCUAGAAGAGAAUCACGUUGGCACAACCGUUAAAGUCGACGGUCAAGAAUCCGAUCCAUACGCAAUCCUGAGCGUUAUCAGCACGCAGCAAAACAAGAACAAUGCUGGUGUUCAAUCAUUAAUAUCGUACCUUUUGGGCAAAAUCAAGGAUCAGGGUGUCAAAAGUAUUUUGGCGGACAAGGCAGUCGGAUGGGUUGUUUCUGAACGGUUUGUUAAUAUGCCCAUGGAAAUCAUGCCGCCCAUGUACAAUAUGAUGCAGGAGGAAACCAAGCAGGCUGUAGAAAAUGGCGAGCCGUACCAGUUCGAAUGGUACAUGUUCAUCUCAAAGACGUACAAGGAGGUGUCGCCCACCGUGGAUGAAGAAGGCGACGAGGAGAUGCCGCAGGCAAAGCCACAGCCAAAGAAAAAGGGCAAAAAGAAGGCAGCAGCAGCAGCACAAGAUACAGCAGAAGUAUUUUACUUCCAGCCAGAGGAUGAAGUGAUUGACCAGUAUGCAGAAUACAAGGUGGAUUUUAAGUUUACAAAUCGGGAAAAGGAAGCUUCAUCGGAUGCCAAACGCGCCUUUUCGGAUUUCGGUAUUGCUCCUGCCCGGAGACUGAUGCUGGUGCAUCACUCCAAGCUCCAAGAAGCUAUCAAUGAAAUUGAAAAACUGUGCGCUGCCACCGCUGCCGCUGCUGGUUUAGCUUAGACUAAACAGUGUACAUAGCACAAAAGUGCAUCAUUUUCAGCAAUAAUAUAUCUCUUCCUUGUUUCUUUUUGUUUUGCAU